GUUAUGGCGAAGUAUCAGCCGGGAGGGGCGGCAGAGAAGCAGCAGCUGUUGUCGUUUCUCGUUAGCCCGGACACCGUCAUCGUUCCAGACCCCAGCCUUCAGCUUAAGGGUCUGGAAAGGCUAGCUCUCCUCGACCAGGCUCCAACACAACAGACGGUGUUACAGUUCUCAGAACUCCUCCUUGCAGAGGCUGAGGUCGGGGGGAACCCAGGGAAGGGUAACCCAAAGGGGAAAUCAAAGGAUGAGGCCAUGAAGGCUCAGGAUAAGGGAACUGGUGAAACCGGGAAGUCGGCUCGCGACGAGCUGAUUGCGAAGGCCAAUGCUGUGCUGGAAUCCAUCCAAACAUCAAUCAAAGCCUUACAGCUGGGACCGAAAUACCCUCCGAAGCCAGGUCCCCUUGAUGAAACAGGGCUGAUCGAUUCAGGUGCGACCACAUGCAUGCGCAUGCGAAGGGGUAAUGAGCAUCCAGUUGGAGAGAAGACGGUUUCGCUCGCGCAGGGUGAAGUUCAGAUGGGAUUUAGUGCUGGGGGCGUCUUGUUAGCUAGCGAAGAAGUUGAACCCAUCGUGUCACUCCGACAGCUUAUCGCCAUCGGUUUUCGCUUGGUCUGGUCCAAGAGGGCAUGUCAGUUGUUCGAUGAAGAGGGCUACUCGGUUCCCUUGUCUACGGCUUCAGGAUGCCCAAGAGUGUGUAGGGCGGUGGCCCAAAGCCUGAUUGAUCGCAUCGAAACAUUCAACAUCCACGGGUAUGGUGAGGAUCAGCUUGCAAGGGUGCGUGAUGCAGACACCGUGUCAUGGGAGAACGUCAUGCAUAGAGUUGCUGAGAGCGUGAGGGAAGGCAAGUUGAGGGAUGCGCAAAUGUGGCAUCAAGUGUUGUGCGAGAAGCUGUUUCCAGAGCUUCCACGAGCGGCUGCCCAAGCGGUGUCUCUGAUCUCGAACGGGACUGGUCCUCCAGGCGCUUUCAAUCGUAGGCAUGAGUUUGAUUCUGUAGCCGCGAAACAUGGGGCUACGGUAAUAGCCGUAGACGCAACUGAAGAUCUCAACGUCUUCCGUGUGAGACGCGUUCUAUUCUUUUACCUGCGGUUCGAGCGCGACAUGGAGUGGAAAGGACCACCUUAUGCUCAGGAGUUUUGUGCUUGGUAUCGCAUCGAAAUGGGGUCGGGAUCAGGUACCUUCCAUAUGGGCAACCCCGGAGCUAGCUGGGCUAUGAACAUCCAAGGUCCGGGACAAAGCCAGGUUUUAUCAGGUUGUAGCGUGGAUUGGGCGCGCUGGGCUCCGGGUUUGGUGCAAGCAGUUGGGGAGUACAUCGAUGCUGCUCUUCAGCAGGGCUCAACCGUGGAAGGUCUCAGACGGAUGCAGGUUCAACAAUCCAUGAAGGAUCAUGUGUUAGCCGGACAUGUCCCUUACCGUAAGGACUGCUAUGCAUGCGUAGCAGGGAGAGCGAAGAAACAGAAUCAUUACAGACAGACGGUGAGUGAUUCGUUCGUGCUGUCGGUUGAUCUUGCUGGCCCGUUCAAGAAUGGUGUUCAUGAGGGUGCAAAGGCGAGAUACUUCCUUGCCGCAGUCUUUUCCAUACCUAGGGCACCGGAGCUGAACGGGUCUAAAGGGGAUAAGCAUGAGGCGGCUGAAGAGGCCAUUCCAGGGGAGCCAGGGGAGUGGGAAAUUGCUGAUGAGGACCGUGAUGACGACGAAGGCACGGGUGUUGGCCCGAUUGAGCUUGAUGAUGCCCCGGCGGACCCAGAGCCGCAACCGCUAGAACAGUUAGAGCUAGUUCACUUGCCGUUCGUCGUACCAUUACCCUCAAAAGGGGGAAGGGAUGUGAUGAAUGCAAUCAAGGGCAUUGAG